ACCAGGCUAAAUUACAGGGAUGUCCACCAACAUCGCCGAGCCCCGAAACACAAAACCACGCUAUUUAUAACCCACGCCCUCCUAAGCAGGCGCCGGGAAUUUCUUGGAACGAGAAUGAUCGGCGACAGCGCUCGCGCAACGAGAUCGACCACCUCAGCGGAGGCACACAUUCCAUCCUUUGUUGCGACGAGCAGCUGACCGUGGUCGAGCGCUGCUGCGGUCGACACGACCGACCGACCGACCGAUCACAUCGAUAAGAGGAGCGCGCCGCCGCCGCCGGCCGGCCGGCCGCCCGUUGGUCUCCUCUUUCUUUUUCUUCAUUUGCUUGCAUGAGCAGAGGAUGCGGGUGGUAGCCGAGGAGGAGGAGGACAUGCUGCCGUCGACGCCGGGCAAGGUGAAGAUCGAGCGGGCGGGGGCCAUGACCCGGCAGCUGCACCGGUGCUUCGCCUCCACGGGCACCAUGUUCCUGUGGGCGCUCUUCCUCGUGGCCAUGACGGCCACGUACCUCAGCUUCCACUCCUUCGUCGACACCUCGUCCCGCUACUUCGCCGCGUCCUGGGGCGGGCUGCACUGGGAGCGGCAGAUCCGCGCGUCGGCGUCGCCCCGCCGGCCGCCCGGGUCGGCGGAGGGCGCGGGGCUGUCCGUGCUGGUGACCGGCGCCGCCGGGUUCGUGGGCACGCACUGCUCGCUGGCCCUCCGGAAGCGCGGCGACGGCGUGGUCGGCAUCGACAACUUCAACAAGUACUACGACCCGUCGCUCAAGAAGGCCCGGCGGGCGCUGCUGGCGUCGCACGGCGUGUUCGUGGUGGAGGGCGACAUCAACGACGGCCGCCUCCUCACCAAGCUCUUCGACGUGGUGCCCUUCACCCACGUCCUCCACCUGGCGGCGCAGGCCGGGGUGCGGUACGCCAUGGAGAACCCGGCGUCGUACGUGCACUCCAACAUCGCCGGGCUGGUGUCCCUCCUCGAGGCGUGCAAGGAGGCCGACCCGCAGCCGGCCGUGGUGUGGGCGUCCUCCUCCUCCGUGUACGGGCUCAACAACGCGGUGCCCUUCUCGGAGGCGCACCGCACGGACCGGCCGGCGUCCCUCUACGCGGCCACCAAGAAGGCCGGCGAGGAGAUCACCCACACCUACAACCACAUCUACGGCCUGUCGGUCACCGGCCUCCGCUUCUUCACCGUGUACGGGCCCUGGGGGCGGCCGGACAUGGCCUACUUCUCCUUCACCCGGAACAUCCUCCAGGGGAAGCCAAUCACGGUGUACCGGGGCAGGGACCACGUCGACCUGGCCCGGGACUUCACCUACAUCGACGACAUCGUGCGGGGGUGCCUGGCGUCGCUCGACACGGCGGGGCGGAGCACGGGGACGGGCGGGAGGAAGCGCGGGCCGGCGCCGUACAGGAUCUUCAACCUGGGGAACACGGCGCCGGUGACGGUGCCGACGCUGGUGUCGAUCCUGGAGAGGUACCUCCGGGUGAACGCCAAGAGGAACGUGGUGGAGAUGCCCGGGAACGGGGACGUGCCCUUCACGCACGCCAACAUCAGCCUGGCGCGGGAGCAGCUAGGGUACAAGCCCACCACCAGCCUCGAGAUGGGGCUCAAGAAGUUCGUCCGGUGGUACCUCUCCUACUACGGCUACAACCGGGGCACGCAGGCCUUCAACAACUUGUGAUGACUCGUCAUGGUAUAUAUUAGGGGAGCGUUGGUGUAUAUCAUACGUAGUGCAUUUGUAUGUUUUUUUUUUGCGUGGCUGGGUCCUCCACUCUCUGAUCGAAGACUGACCAUUCUUGUUUCUUUAAUGUAUGAUGAGGAAAUACAAGGAGAAAUUC